GACAGCCGCUGCUCCCCGCUAGCAGGACCCACCUCCGGCCGGCGCAAUGGCGGGAGCAUCUGUGAAGGUGGCGGUGCGUGUCCGGCCCUUCAACUCCCGGGAGAUGAGCCGGGAAUCUAAAUGCAUUAUCCAGAUGUCGGGAAGCACCACCACUAUCCUGAACCCAAAACAGCCCAAAGAGACACCAAAAAGCUUCAGCUUUGACUAUUCCUACUGGUCCCACACCACGCCUGCAGACAUCAACUAUGCAUCUCAGAAGCAAGUGUACUGCGACAUUGGUGAGGAGAUGUUGCAACAUGCCUUCGAAGGCUAUAACGUCUGCAUCUUCGCUUAUGGGCAGACGGGGGCUGGAAAAUCCUACACCAUGAUGGGGAAACAGGAGAAGGACCAGCAAGGCAUCAUCCCACAGCUGUGCGAGGACCUCUUCUCCCGCAUCAACGACACGACGAAUGACAAUAUGUCCUACUCCGUGGAGGUGAGCUACAUGGAGAUAUACUGUGAGCGUGUGAGGGACCUCCUGAACCCCAAGAACAAGGGGAACCUGCGGGUGAGGGAGCACCCCCUUAUGGGCCCAUAUGUUGAGGAUCUUUCCAAGCUGGCCGUGACCUCCUACAAUGACAUCCAGGACCUCAUGGACUCUGGGAACAAGGCCCGCACAGUGGCUGCCACCAACAUGAAUGAGACCAGCAGCCGCUCCCACGCUGUGUUCAACAUUAUCUUCACACAGAAGAGACAUGACGCUGAGACGGACAUCACCACUGAGAAGGUCAGCAAAAUCAGCUUGGUGGACCUGGCAGGGAGCGAACGAGCUGACUCCACUGGUGCAAAGGGUACAAGACUAAAGGAAGGAGCAAACAUCAACAAGUCCUUGACCACUCUGGGGAAAGUCAUCUCUGCCUUGGCUGAAAUGGAUUCUGGGCCAAACAAGAACAAAAAGAAAAAGAAGACAGAUUUCAUCCCCUACCGGGACUCAGUGCUGACCUGGCUGCUGCGGGAGAACCUGGGGGGCAACUCCAGGACAGCCAUGGUUGCUGCUCUCAGUCCUGCUGACAUCAACUACGAUGAGACCCUCAGCACCCUCAGGUAUGCCGACCGUGCCAAGCAGAUCCGCUGCAAUGCUGUCAUCAACGAGGACCCCAACAACAAGCUCAUCCGGGAGCUGAAGGAUGAGGUGGCACGUCUGCGUGACCUUCUCUACGCCCAGGGCCUCGGGGACAUCAUUGACACCCAUCCUGCUGCGGGAGGAUCCAAAUAUGUGUCCGACUUUGAGAACAAUAAUGAUGCUAGAGGGGCAGAGCUGAGUCACCGCCAUGACAAUCUCUCCACAGUGACCAACGCCAUCGCUGGGAUCAGCCCCUCUUCCUCCCUGUCGGCCUUGUCCAGUCGUGCUGCCUCCGUUGCCAGCCUCCAUGAGCGCAUCAUGUUUGCUCCAGGCAGCGAAGAGGCGAUUGAAAGGCUCAAGGAAACAGAGAAGAUCAUUGCAGAGCUGAAUGAGACGUGGGAGGAGAAGCUGCGGAGGACAGAAGCAAUCCGAAUGGAGAGGGAAGCGUUGCUGGCUGAAAUGGGGGUGGCCAUGAGGGAGGAUGGAGGCACCUUGGGUGUUUUCUCUCCUAAAAAGACACCCCACUUGGUCAACCUGAACGAGGACCCACUCAUGUCCGAGUGUCUUCUCUACUACAUCAAGGAUGGGAUAACAAGGGUUGGCCGGGAAGAUGCAGAGAAGAGGCAGGACAUCGUUCUCAGUGGGCACUUCAUUAAGGAAGAGCACUGCCUUUUCCGCAGUGACACCAAAACCAGUGGUGAAGUAAUAGUGACCCUGGAGCCUUGUGAAGGUGCCGACACCUACGUGAAUGGCAAAAAGGUGACGGAGCCCAGCAUCCUGCGCUCAGGAAAUCGCAUCAUCAUGGGGAAGAGCCACGUUUUCCGCUUCAACCACCCCGAGCAGGCUCGGCAGGAGCGGGAGCGGACCCCGUGUGCUGAGACACCUGCUGAGCCCGUGGACUGGGCUUUUGCCCAAAGAGAGCUGCUGGAGAAGCAGGGCAUUGACAUGAAGCAGGAGAUGGAGCAGCGGCUCCAGGAACUGGAGGACCAAUACCGGAGGGAGCGGGAGGAGGCAAAUUACCUUCUCGAGCAGCAGAGGCUGGACUAUGAGAGCAAACUGGAGGCUUUGCAGAAGCAGAUGGACUCGAGGUAUUACCCUGAGGCAAACGAAGAAGAAGAAGAACCUGAGGAUGAAGUGCAGUGGACAGAGCGGGAGUUCGAGCUGGCCCUCUGGGCCUUUAGGAAGUGGAAAUGGUACCAGUUCACCUCCCUCCGCGACCUGCUCUGGGGCAAUGCCAUCUUUCUCAAGGAAGCCAACGCCAUCAGUGUGGAGCUGAAGAAGAAGGUCCAGUUCCAGUUUGUGCUCCUCACAGACACACUGUACUCACCUCUCCCUCCUGACCUGUUGCCUCCCGAUGCUGCCAAAGACCGGGAGAAGCGGCCGUUCCCCCGGACCAUCGUGGCUGUAGAGGUGCAGGACCAGAAGAACGGAGCGACACAUUACUGGACCCUGGAGAAGCUGAGGCAACGCCUGGACCUGAUGCGUGAAAUGUAUGACCGUGCCGCCGAAGUGCCUUCUAGUGUCAUUGAGGACUGCGACAAUGUGGUGACUGGCGGAGAUCCUUUCUAUGACCGCUUCCCCUGGUUCAGGCUGGUUGGCAGGGCCUUCGUCUACCUGAGCAACCUCCUCUACCCCGUGCCCCUGGUCCACCGCGUGGCCAUCGUCAGUGAGAAGGGCGAGGUCAAAGGCUUCCUGCGUGUGGCCGUUCAGGCAAUCUCAGCGGAUGAGGAAGCUCCCGACUAUGGCUCCGGAGUGCGGCAGUCGGGGACAGCCAAGAUCUCCUUCGAUGACCAGCACUUUGAGAAGUUCCAGUCAGAGUCGUGCCCAGCUGUAGGGAUGUCUCGCUCGGGGACCUCCCAGGAGGAGCUGCGCAUCGUGGAAGGCCAGGGGCAGGUCAGCGACAUGGGUCCCUCAGCUGACGAAGUCAACAACAACACCUGCGCAGUGACCCCAGAGGACCUUCUUCUAGACAGCCCGGAGAAACCCAUGCCAGAUGGGCCGCUGGAGGUGGCUCUGGACCACCUGAAGCUGGGCAGCAUCUUCACUUUCCGUGUGACAGUCCUGCAAGCCUCCAGCAUCUCUGCAGAAUACGCAGACAUCUUCUGCCAGUUUAACUUCAUCCAUCGCCACGACGAGGCCUUUUCGACAGAGCCCUUGAAGAACACAGGACGGGGGCCACCCCUGGGCUUCUAUCACGUCCAAAACAUCGCUGUGGAGGUGACCAAGUCCUUCAUUGAAUACAUCAAGAGCCAACCGAUCGUAUUUGAAGUCUUUGGGCACUACCAGCAGCACCCCUUCCCGCCCCUCUGCAAGGAUGUCCUGAGUCCACUGAGGCCAUCCCGGCGCCACUUCCCUCGUGUGAUGCCGCUCUCCAAACCAGUGCCUGCAACGAAGCUGAGCACCAUGACUCGGCCCAGCGCUGGCCCAUGCCAGUGCAAGUAUGACCUUAUGGUCUUCUUCGAGAUCUGUGAGCUGGAGGCCAACGGCGACUACAUCCCUGCCGUUGUGGACCACCGUGGAGGCAUGCCGUGCCAUGGGACCUUCCUCCUCCACCAGGGCAUCCAGAGGAGAAUCACUGUCACCUUGGUGCACGAGACAGGCAGCCUCAUCCGCUGGAAGGAAGUGCGGGAGCUGGUUGUGGGUCGGAUUCGGAACACCCCAGAAGCAGACGAGUCUCUCAUUGACCCCAACAUCCUGUCCCUGAACAUCCUUUCCUCUGGGUACAUCCACCCCUCCCAGGACGACCGGCAGUUUCUUGAUUCGGAUAUGCCUAGCAUUUCGUUCGGAAAUGACACUAGGACUUUCUACCAGUUUGAGACAGCGUGGGAUAGCUCCAUGCACAACUCGCUGCUGCUCAACCGUGUCACCCCAUACCGGGAGAAAAUCUACAUCACCCUUUCUGCCUACAUCGAGAUGGAGAACUGCACUCAGCCUGCCGUCAUCACCAAAGACUUCUGCAUGGUUUUCUACUCCCGGGAUGCCAAGCUUCCUGCCUCCCGCUCCAUCCGCAACCUUUUCGGCAGUGGCAGCCUGCGAGCUUCCGAGAGCAACCGUGUGACAGGAGUCUACGAGCUCAGCCUCUGCCGCGUGGCCGAUGCUGGCAGCCCAGGCAUGCAGAGGCGACGCCGGCGUGUGCUGGACACCUCCGUAGCCUAUGUGCGGGGAGAGGAGAACCUAGCUGGCUGGCGGCCUCGCAGUGACAGCCUCAUCCUCGACCAUCAGUGGGAGCUGGAGAAACUCAGUCUUCUCCAAGAAGUGGAGAAGACAAGGCACUACCUACUCCUGCGUGAGAAGCUGGAGAUGACCCAGCGCCUGGGCCUGGAGACCCUGUCCCCUUGCUCCAGUGAGGACUCCGAGUCCCGAAGCACCUCCUGUAUCUCCUCCCCGCUCUCUGUCGACGGGGCCCCUGAGGGCCACACCUCUCCCCCUGAAACCCCCAGCGAGAGGCAGAAGGAGCUGGCUGUGAAGUGCUUGCGCCUGCUCACGCACACCUUCAACAGGGAGUACAGCCACAGCCAUGUCUGCAUUAGUGCCAGUGAGAGCAAGCUCUCUGAAAUGUCUGUGACCCUGAUGAGAGACCCCUCCAUGUCAGCUCUUGGGGUCACCACUCUCACCCCCUCCUCAACCUGCCCGUCGCUGGUGGAAGGACGCUACAAUGCCAUGGAGGUCAGACCCCCCCAGGUCUCCUCCAGGGCAGAAAGCCCUGAACUGGAGCCUGUGGUAGGAGAGCAGAAGAAGUCCCCGGCCUGCCGGCCUGAGGAGGAGAAGGAGCCCCAGCGUUUGCUGGUGCCUGACAUCCAGGAGAUCCGUGUCAGCCCCAUCGUCUCCAAAAAGGGCUACUUGCACUUCCUGGAGCCCCACACCAACGGAUGGGUGAAACGCUUUGUGGUGGUCCGGCGCCCAUAUGUCUACAUCUACAACUCGGACAAGGACGCAGUCGAGAGGGCCAUACUCAACCUUUCCAAGGCCCAGGUGGAGUACAGCGAGGACCAGCAGGCCAUGCUCAAGACCCCAAACACGUUUGCGGUGUGCACGGAGCACCGGGGCAUCCUGCUCCAGGCAAGCAGUGACAAGGACAUGCACGACUGGCUCUACGCCUUCAACCCCCUCCUGGCUGGGUCCAUAAGAUCCAAGCUGUCCAGAAGGAGAACAGCCCAGAUGAGAAUCUAACCUGUAAAACACCCUCCGCCUCAUUCAUCUGCCAACAGGAUCAAGAUAGCUGAUUCUGUCUCAAGAUUCCCAUGUUAACGUCUGAUCUCACACCAUCUGCUGCCCCAGCUGAUUGCUCCAUGGAGGGAUCUGUCUUGAGUCACACCUUCACGGGGGAAACUCACUUCCGUUCGUAGCUGCAAAAGCCUGGACCUGCCUGGGCAGGAUUUCUUGUUUGUGUGCCAUCUUCUGCCUGCCCCCCAAUGGGUGACCUUCAUGUCACACCAUUUUUCAUGCUCCAGAAAGGUCCCUGUUGGAGGGGAGAGAGUGAGGAAGGCAGUUUUGGCUAAAAGCUGGUCUUUGAUCUACAGAGGUGGGAGUGCAGUAAAGCUUGGAGGUGGGAUAGCAGGAGGAAUUGCCUCCACGUGAAGGGAAAGUGGUAGUUUAGGUAUGGGGAUUUCCUAGUUUAUUGAUGUUUCUGCAAAAGACGGCAGGGUAAGAUCAGGUGUUGGUAGUUUAAGAUGAUAUUUAUAAAGUAUUUAUUUCUAUUUAUUUCACAAAAAUCCCAUAAGUUGGGUCCUGGCCCUCAGACAAUGCCUCCCCCAGGCAGGGGAGAACCUUGGUGGUGGGCUGGGGUCUCAGAGCUGCAUUCCCCGGGACAUCCUUGGCAUGUACCCAGCAGCAGCGGAGCUCUCACCCUUGCUCCCCACCCUUCCCCACCCUCUGCUUUGCUCCCCCUGCAGCUUAAACUACUUCUCCCCUGCAUGGUGGCUGGACAGCCCACCAUGUCUUCCCAAAGGAGGCAGUUCCUACCUGCUUCAUCUACCUCUGGGAGAGGGGAACCCACCGUCUUGGCUGGCUGGGGCACCCACAUCCACACGGAUGGGUCACCUCUCUUCAGAGCUUGGCCCUGCUGGAGGGAAAAGGAGGGCUCUGGGGAUGGCUCUGCCUGUCACCUCGUGCGGGGCUGUCCCUUCCACCCAAAAGCACAUGGGCCAGCUCUACUAUCCUGUCCUGGGAGCUCUGAGGAAUUGUACAGAGGGAGUCCCCCCAUCCUAGGGCAGAACGUCAAGGGUCGCAUCCCUGCGGGAAGUGUGGAGUUUCAGGUGGCUGCUUCCAAAGCCAGAUGGGAGAGUUCCCCAGCAGCCAGGGCUAGGAAUGACCACCCCAAUCUGCAAGAUCCUCAUUGCCCUUUCCCAAAAGGGCUGUCACAUCCCUUCUCAUCCUGACAGGAUGACAGGCUUGAAGCAGGUUGGGGUGGCAAGGGAGAGGCUGGCGUGGGGAUGUCAGAGUGGAGAUGGGGCUUCUUUUUACUGUUGUAGCUGGUGUUUUCUCACUUCUCAUCCUUUGCUGCAGAAGCAGGCACCCACCUCCUUCUCACCCUGCCUCCAUUGGCACGUUAAUCCAGGGGGCUUCCCAUGGCAGAGGUGUUUUCACCAAAAAGACCUUCUCCAGCCAUCACUGCUUCCCACCUCCCCCAGCAGCAGCUUUCCCUCUUCUUCCGUCUCUCACCCGUGGGGGGAUGCUUUUUUUCAGGACUUCCCAAGUGGCUGGCGGCAACUGGCACAGCUCCAGGCAGGAAGACGAGCAUCUUCCUCCACGCGUCUCCCAGGCACUCCCCCAGCUUCGCUGUCACGCCUUCAUGGCUGACCUUCCCUCGCACAGCACGGCUGCGCCUUGGCUCUGCCGCACCUCCCCGCGCUGUCUGUGGUGUGUGUGUAUGGGUGUGUGUGUGUGUGUCGGAUGUGGUGCCGUCUUCUCGUUAUGCUCAUGUUGUGGGGGGCACAGACAGGUAGGGACAUGGCAGGCAGGCAGAGGCUUACAGGGUUCCCCUUGCUGUACAUCAGGUGCUGUUAAAGCUUGGAUUGCAAGUCAUGGAAGGGCUUGUGGGAUCCUUCCUGAGCCUCUGACAGUUCUGCCCCACCAUGCCACAGCUCCUUGGGCAUCUCACCCCAUUGAUUCAGCCCAAAGCUGUGGCAGGGUUCUUCCUCCCAGCUCUGCUCCCUGGGCAGGUGGCAGCUUGCCUGUCCAGGGCAAGCUUCCUCAUCAAACUGGGUUCUUUUUCCCCCUGUGAUCAAUUUUAGAGACCUGGAGGCCAACUCGUGCCAUUUAUGAAGGCAGAGGUGAGGUGUCUUGCCCUGGGGCACAGAUGGGCAGAGCUGUGGCUGGAGUGAAGCAGGGCCCUGGGCUGUGACAUCCCAGCUCCUGUGCCCUGGCCAAGGACUAGUUAGUACCAUCGCAAAUUCCAGUGUAACGGGCUAGGGGUGGAAACACUGGGUGCCUCAGAGGAGAAGGGGGGCUCUUCCAGGGCAGCUUCUGGCAGAGAUAGGACCCGUGUCUGCCAGGGACCAGACAUGAGUUCACCAGCCACGGCUGGCCAGUGAUGCCUGUGCUGCAGGUGAGGGGUGGCCAUGGGACGGGCAUCCUCCAGCUGGAGCCAAAGCGUGCCUGAGGCCAGCAAACCUGCAGAGCAGAUGGCUCAGCUGGGGGCCGCCGUGCUCAGGGCUGCUCACUGGACACCUGCAGCAUCCCUGUGGGAUGUCCCUAUCUCGUGGGCUACCCUUGCUGUCUUACUGGCUCCACUCUCGCCAGCACCGUGUGCUCCCUCCCCGGUCAGGCUCCUUUCCCCUCCACCACCACAGCCUCCUCCGCGAUGAGGAACGCAAACCCGAUACUUAUGCAUGACUGUGAGCUCCAUCAGAAGGGAAAUUUCACAGGGGAACAGUAGUAUGGAGGGCCGGUGAGCACCAGCAGGCAGGCCAGGGGCCUGCAGAGGAGGGAGGCUGCCCUUCAUGCCCUCUGGUUCCUGCCUUCGAUGGCAGCACCCCCAGGCCCUCCCUGCCAGGUGCCUGGGGGUGGGUGCCUCGGGUCCUGGCCGUCUGCACGCACAUGAGGCUUGUUUGGUUCUGAAAUAAAUGUGAUAUUUAAC